UUGCAGCGCUCAUGCAACAUCGCCAACAGUGUACCCAAUACAAUUUGCUAUAUAGGUCCACUUGACAGUCUCUGUUCUCUGACGCCGCUCUUGUAGAGGCAGAACGCAUCACACACGAUCUGUUCAGCUUUAAGACUUUUGAUGCAUGGAUUUGAUAGUCAGUGUAGAAUAUUGUGUUAUUGCAGAGGACGGAAUUAAAUAAAUCUCACUAACUCCAUGCACUGCUCAACGGAUCCAGCUACAGGAGUCCGUCUGCCAGUAAGAUGAGGUUGCUACAACACUGACCGACAACACGUCUCACACACUGGAUCACAGUAACCUGGAUGCAACACACUCCUGCAGACCAAGAUGUGUGUAUCUGCCCUGUCUCGGCGGCUGAUGCUGUGUCUGCAGCUGUUGGUGAUGGUGGUUUUCAGGACACAAGGUGAGGUCAUCGCCCCCUCCAGCAUGACCGCUGUGGCGGGCCUCCCCUUCACGCUGGGCUGUAACGUCACCAUAGCAACUGGCGACACGGUCAAGCAGGUCCGCUGGCUGAACAAACACAAGCAGGUUCUCCUGGCGUACGAGCCAGGCGAGUCGGUCAGAACCACCUCCCGCCAAGACGACGUGGAACUAACUUCCUCGCACCGCAACGUUAGCGCCAUCACCAUCAAGAGGGUGGGGCCUAACGACGAGGGCUGCUACCGCUGCAUCUUUGACAUCUACCCCAGUGGAGCACAGGAGGGAAUGACCUGCCUCAGUAUCGAAGUCAAAGUGGGCAAUGAGGGUAAUAAAACAGCCAUCAGCGGGAAGCUGGCCACCAUGUCCUGCUGGUACGGCCUCCCAGACAGGGUACGCCAGGUCCUGUGGAGAAAGACUGCAGAGCAGGGCGACACGGCCACGUUGGCCUCCUUUGCCAAGCGAGGCCAACCCAGCAUUGAGGAACCUUAUCGGGGACGCAUGACCCUGAACCCCUCCCUGGGAGACACACAGCUCUCCAUCAGGCCGGUGAAGACGGAGGACGAGGGCUGCUACACCUGCGAGUUCCACACUUACCCAGAAGGCACCAGGAGCGCCACGGCCUGCCUCUUUGUAUAUGUGCUGCCCAACCCAGAGAUCACCCACGUGACCUCCAGCGGGGUCAUCGAGGCCAACUGCACGGCCGCAGCCCGUCCUGCAGCCCAGAUGGUAUGGAAUGUGGAGGGGGACAACCGGACGCUGGGGCCGUCCGUGUCCUCGUCCUACGACCAGGGGGACGGCACCACCCUGGUCACCAGCACCCUCCUCCUCCAGGAGGCCCUGCCCCACGACCAAUCCGUCAAAUGCAUGGUGCACCACCGAGGCCUGGACUCGCCCAUGUCCGUCAACCUCAAUGUUGGUUCGGCCCUCACUACUAUCAUCUCAGUAUCCUGUGUGGCAGCCCUGCUCCUGUGCUGUCUGUGUGUGUGCCUCUGCAAGUGCUUCCUGUGUCGAGACGGUGAGUAGCCAAUCAGCUUCUGA